AUGUCUGAGCAAACUUCGUUAAGCCAACUUUUUAAAAUAUCCAAUGAUACAAAUGUUCUGCAAUUUGACCAUUACAAAUCUUUAGUUUCCGUAACUUCUCCAAAUAAACGACCAUUUUCACCAAAUAUAGAUAAUAAUGUCAAAUGUACCAAACUGUCAAACAAAUCUGACAAUACUGAAACAGAAAAUGAACAUAAUUUUAACAAUUUCGAUAUUGGAUUUUAUUUUAACCGCUCGUUAACAGAUGUAGAGAAAGAAGAAGUUCUUAAAAAAAUUUGGAAGCCUGAACCUUCUUUUGAAUUCCCUAAUACUGUGAUAUUUAGUGGUAAAGAUAAACGAUCCAAAAAUUUAAAAUUUAAACACAGAUGGUUGCAUACUUUUCCGUGGUUAGCGUACUCCGCAAUAUUAGAUGGUGUCUUUUGUACGUUUUGUGUAACGAUUGCUAAAUCAGGAUCUAGCAUAAACUUUCAAACUGCACUAGGCGCUUUGGUUGAAACCCUUUUCAAAAUUGGAAACAUGCAAUGGAAACAUUUAAAAAUCAUGUAA